GUGUUGGCAGCAGUUGCUCAGCAGUUGUCCUUCAAAUUUUCUGUAAAAUGCAGGCCGGCUUGUGGACAAAAAUCUUACCCAAAUGCAAGGGUUCAAAUGUACCGGCUAAAUUUAAAUAUUUGACUACAGUUCACACAAGAUCCUUUGCAAAUGAUUCAGGAGAAUUUGAUUUAGUUGUUAUUGGCUCUGGACCUGGCGGUUAUGUUGCUGCUAUAAAAGCGUCACAAUUAGGAUUAAAAACUGCAUGUGUUGAGAAGAAUAAUACUUUGGGUGGAACAUGUUUAAAUGUUGGAUGCAUUCCAUCAAAAGCUCUGCUUCACAAUUCUCAUCUAUAUCACAUGGCUCUGCAUGAUCUGCAAAAUCGUGGUAUAAAUUGUGAAGGAGUUAAAUUAGAUUUGAAUAAAAUGAUGGAACAGAAAAGUUCUGCUGUAAAAGCAUUAACUUCUGGAAUCGCUCAUCUUUUUAAGCAAAAUAAGGUAGCUCAUUUUCAAGCCCAUGGCAAGAUAUCUGGUAAGAAUGAAGUCACGGCAAUUAAAGCUGAUGGUUCUACUGAUGUUAUUAAAACAAAAAAUAUUUUAAUUGCUACUGGAUCAGAAGUUACUCCUUUUCCUGGAAUUGAAGUUGAUGAGAAGCAAAUUGUUUCCUCCACUGGUGCAUUAUCUCUUGAAAAAGUUCCUGAAAAAUUGGUUCUGAUUGGAGCUGGAGUUAUCGGCUUAGAAUUGGGUUCUGUUUGGAGUAGGCUUGGAGCCGAAGUCACAGCAGUAGAAUUUUUAUCAAAUGUUGGAGGAGUUGGAAUUGAUUUAGAAGUUGCCAAAAAUUUUCAACGAAUCUUAACAAAGCAAGGUAUGAAAUUCAAGUUAAAUACUAAAGUCACAGGUGCUUCCUCAACUGGAGAUAAAGUUUCUGUUAAUAUAGAACCUGUUGCAGAUGCUAGUAAAAAAGAGCAGCUUGAAUGUGAUGUACUUCUGGUAUGUGUAGGUCGCAGACCUUAUACUGAAAAUCUUGGCUUGGAAAGUAUCGGAGUUCAGAAAGACGACCGAGGGAGGAUAAUUGUAAAUAGCCGAUUUCAAACUACAGUUCCAAACAUUUAUGCAAUUGGUGAUUGCAUUCCUGGCCCCAUGUUAGCCCAUAAAGCUGAAGAUGAAGGCAUAUUAUGUGUUGAAGGCAUUGCUGGUGGUUCUGUACAUAUAGAUUACAAUUGUGUUCCAUCUGUUAUAUACACACAUCCUGAAGUUGCUUGGGUUGGAAAAAGUGAAGAACAGCUGAAAAAAGAGGGAGUUGAUUAUAAAGUAGGAAAAUUUCCAAUGGUGGCAAACAGUAGAGCUAAAACCAAUGCUGAAACAGAUGGCUUUGUGAAAAUUCUUUCAGAUAAAGCAACAGAUAGGAUACUAGGUGCACAUCUUAUUUGUUGGGGAGCUGGUGAAUUAGUUAAUGAGGCAGCUCUGGCCAUGGAAUACGGAGCAUCAUCUGAAGACGUUGCAAGAGUCUGUCACGCUCAUCCAACUGUUUCUGAAGCAUUCAGAGAAGCAAAUUUAUCUGCUUACUUUGGAAAACCUAUAAAUUUUUAAGUGACAGAGAAGCUAGACUUGAAAGAAUUCUGUAAAUUUUAAGGUGUAUGCACAUUGUUAUGCUGUAUGAUCAUAUGCAGCACAAAUGAAAUGUAGAAUAAGAUGAAAUUAUGUGCAUUAAUUUAGUGUCCUUUUCCAAAUAAAAUUUAUUUACCUAUUUCUA